CUCCCUCUCCCUCUCUCUUAAAAAAAGCCUUGGAUUAAAUUCUCCGCAGUCCACCUCCAACACCUAGUAAUCAGCAGUGUAUCUUCUAUGGAUCGCUCAGUUGGCCUUGGUGAACGCAUGGGUAGAACGAAUGCGCACAGGCCGGCGCGCAUGCGCCACAGGGAGAAAGCCUAGGCAUGGGAAGGCGAGAACGUGCGAGGCUGUAGGAGGGACAGGCAGGGAUAAGGGGACUCCUGGCCCAGCUUCUCCUCCUUGGGCCACAGGGGCCACAGGCAUUUGAAAAUACUGAUACCUCACCGCUGGGCAUUGCUCACCCUGAAGCUGCUGCAAUAGAGAGAUCCCAGAACCACUAACAUGAGCCAGCCAAAACGAUAAGAAUUCUUGCCAAAUCAGACUCCCAGAUAUCUGUCUCCAGAGUUCAGAGGAAGCACAAUGGCAGUUGAAGAUCAACUAAAGAUAUGUGGCCACAAGAGGGAUGUUGAUGUCUUUGAGCUGUUCCUUUCUCAAAAGGAGCUGACAGAUGUUAUUGAUCUUUCUAGGUUUAGAAAAUUAAAAUACUUAUGGCUGCAUCAUAACAAGCUCCAUGAAAUAACAUUUCUAACUAGAAACUAUUGUCUGACAGAAUUGUAUCUAAACAACAAUGCAAUUAUUGAAAUAGAAGGUACAAACUAUAUACCAUGGAAACACAUUUUAACAAUAUUUGGGAAUAGUAUUUUGAAUAUGAGACCCACGCCCCGGGAGCUUCAGGGAGGCCUGAACCAGCCGCAGAGUCUCUACCAAAACCCUUUUUGCCAGUAUAACCUGUAUCGUUUAUAUAUCAUCUACCACCUACCAGGAGUAGAGUUUCUUGACCGAAAUCAAGUUACAGAAAAAGAAAGAAGAUCAAUGAUUACCAUUUUUAACCAUAAAAAGGCUCAUAUUCUUCAAUCAAUAGCAUUCAGAGGAAAAGUAGAUGCCUCAUGGAAUCCUAGAUCACCUUUUAAGCAAAAACCAGCCAAAACAGUACCUACAGAUUUUGCAUUUGGGAAUAGUGUAGACAAAGUUGUGUUUGAUGACCCAGAAGAUGCUGUUUUUGUCAGGUCCAUGAAGAGAUCAGCGAUGGCUUUUACCUCUCUGAACUGGAACACAGUUCCCAAACGGGAGGAAAAAUACCUUGAAGACAAAGGUGCAAAACCUGCUCAGAUGCUCACAAUUACACUGAGAUAACCCCUGGUAUUUCUCGGAACCCUGGUGGUUAUCAGUUGUGUAUUAAACUUCUCCAUGAUUAGCAUUGUUAUUAUGACGUUAUUUGAAACAUUUAAAUAAAAACAUAAACGCUAUAAUGAACAACAUAAACUGAUAAACAAAAACAGAU